UUUGCUAAUUGUUAUUUCUGCUGCCCCUCGGCCUGAAUGGCAAAGGCAAAGUGCAAAGUGUGACAACGCCAAAGAGUGUGUUCGUGUGUGCUGGUUCCCAAAGAGAACGUCGGCAGAGUUUUGGUCACUUUUGAAGGAGUCGCGCUCUGAGAUGUUUUGCGUGGCCAAGGCGAACGGGAUCCGCUGCAGAGCAAGUGCACAAGCCAAAGUACUUAUCGUGUGGUUGCCACGGGCUGGCGCCGCACACGGGCUGGGACAGAGGCAGCAGCAGAUGUAGUCAGCAGAAAGCGCGCACAGCCACAGCAACAGCCACCGCCAGAUGAUCGAAUGGUGGUGAUCCUCCUACUGUCGCCAUGCACUUGCAGCCGCAGCAGCAGCAGCAGCAGUCACGCCCACAUCCAAGCACAGGCACAGGCACCGCCCAAGCACGAUCCUCCACAACCCUCGGACUGCACCGAUCGCAGCAGCAAUGAGUCCUCGUCGGCAUCCACGGGGGACACGGCCAUACCGGCCAGCUAUCUCCAGCGACAGCAUCAGAUCCGGCAGCAGCAGCAGCAGCAGCCACCUCGUCCCGUCCUCCGACCUAGUCAUAGUCAUAGCCAUCAGCAGCCAGCCCCUGCCUUUGCCCAGGGAAGAUGGCAGCCCGCAAAUGCCGUGCCCAAGCCACCGCGCGCCCACGGACACCCGGGAGCCUUUCUGCAUCGGCCAGCCAUUGUCCUGCGUGUCCAGGGGCAGGCCGUGCCCACGCUAUCAUUACUGCCCGCCGCCAGAUACACUACUAACCACCAAGCAAUCACCAAUCCCAAUCCAAAUGCAAAUGCAACCACAGCUACAGCCACCACCACUGACUACGUGCGUCACGUGACCCGCGUUCAUUUCUACGACAUUGAUACUUCGCAGGUCGAAUUCGAACCCAAAGACGACGAGGAGAGCAACGAGGCAGCGGCAACAAAUUGCGAUACAGAAGCUAUAACCAAAGAAGAGGAGUGGAUAACGAAGCGAAAGACAGAGCUAACCACGACCAGGCAAAUCGAGACGAGAGUGAAACGACAAGUGAAGCUGCAGGAUGGCAAAGUCAUCGAGGACUCCGGCCCCAUUGUCUCCACCAAUACCACCGAGGACACUGACAAACAGGAGACGGAAACCACUGAGAAACGCGAUCUAGACCUGCCCGAUGAACUGGAUGGGAACGCCCAACUGAUCGAUGUGGCAGCCUUGCAGGCGGGCGCUGUUAAUGAAACGCAGCUGGCCCAGCUGCAGGAGGCCUUCGGCCCGGACAGUGGAUCCGGCGGGAAGCUGGUGAAGCGGAUGGUGCCACGUCCCGUGGAUGGACUGGUGCGUCAGGUGGACGACAAGCGGGUCAUCUCGCAUGAGGAGAUCAAGGACUACCACGAGACGGAGGAUAUACGGCACUUGGGUGACUUUACGGAUCAGACUUACGUGCAGGCAGUGCGCGAGGGAGCGGAGGAUCUUGAGGCUGUGCUCUGUUCGCCGGAGAGUCAACGUCAGCUGGUGCCACUGGGGCCGCAGGUGGUGGCCAAUCGGAGCAAGUCGCGCAAGACCAUUGACUCGGAGGACACGCAGAAGCGUUGUCUGGCGCAGGAGGACGGCACACUGGUGACGGAGAGCAAGCGGACCACCGAACACGAGCUCAUACUCGACGACGAGCUGCCCGAGAGGGAUGAGCGGGCCCUGCAGCUCGGACUGGCGCAGGAGCAGGUGACAACGACGGCGGCAAAUCAACGUUUCUUCCGUCAGCGUGAUGAGCAGCAUGUGGAUGUGCUAGCCAACGGUAAGUUGCUCUCCACCGAGAUGCGCUACGCGGCCGAGACGACACAGAUGGACAAGGACGGUCCCGGCGAACUGGAGCGACCCGGCGACUGGGACAGCCUCUCCGACCGCAUGCGCAAGCUGCGGCGCUCCCAGCAGCAGCAGCAGAAGGAGGUGGCCCUGCUGGCCGAUCGCAAGGAUGCACUGACCAAGCGGCCGCUCGACUUUGAUCGCGAGGAGGAGACGCGCAAGGGCGAGACCAUGAAGUGGCUGGAGUCGCACUUUGGCAGCGAGUCGACAGCCUCGAACGAUUCCCGUGACGACGAAGCCGAGGCCGAAGUGGAGCCCACCAAGAAGAGUUACUUCAAUGUGACAAUCAAGUCGCAGAGCCAGCCGGCGGCCCACGGUCACUCGCAGUCGCAGCUGAACACCAGCCAGCAUCCACAUCCACAUGCGUCCCAGCAUCACGCCCAUCAUCCGCAGACACUGCCACGCAGUGCAGAGAGGGAGAGGGAGCGGGAGAGGGAACGGGAGAGGGAACGCCUACCACCCGCUAUGGCAGUGCCAGCCAGCACCACGCUGGAGCGGAAGCCAGUCAAUCAGAGCGGAGCAGCUGGACGCUCCAAGUACUAUCAAGGGAUAACCAACUGGUCGGAGCGCAAGGAGGCGGGAGCCCAAGUGAAUCACUUCUCGUCGCAGGCAUUCCGCGAGGAUCUCCAGGAGACAAUACGCCGCAACGGACUCAAGAAGAAGAUCAGCGGUCCCACCUCCAGCCAGGGCUCGGCACUGGGCACGGACAGCGGACUGGCCAAGGACAGUUAUGUGAGCCGCGAGGAUAUACUGCAGCAGAAGCGGCAGAGUCUCUCCUCGCAGUUCCUGGCUCGAUCCAUGCGCGGCUCACGCGAUGCGCUCGACGACUUGGAGGCCAUACCCGGGCCGGGACCAGCGCCGGUGCCGAUGCCGAUGCCGCCACGACCCGAGGAGCCGUCACACAAGCGAGUGGCGUACGGACGUCCGGUGAACGGGAUUGCCGCCAGCGGUGGAGCGUUAAAUGGACGCGGGAAGAGCUACGAGCCCGUGGCCCCCACGCCGCCACUCAACUCGCUGGCCGCCAUGGAUAAUCUGGGCGGAAUGGCCAGGCCCACAGUGCCGCAGCGUCGACGUGCCAUCGAGAAGAAACUGGUCGAGCACAGCCAUGGCCAUGGCCAUGUCCAUGUGCCUGUCAAGGCGAGCGCACCGCUGCCGUCGGUGGAGCCACCGCCGGACUACUCGCCGCCACCUCGCAGUCGCAGUCGCAGCCGUUCCUCCUCGCCGCAGGUGGACUACCUGAUGACACGGCCGCCACGGGAGGUGCCCAGCAGCACGAUGACGCUCAGCAGGAAGCAGCAGCAGCGCACACGAUUCGCGCCCACGUCCAACUAUCCGCCAGCAUUGGGCGGAGGCGUGAGCACGGGCACGGGCACGGGCACAGGCACGGGCACCCUCCGUCCAGGGGCCACAUCUGCCUCCACCUCGAAUCUGUCUGCGGUCAGCGGCAGUGCCGGUGGUGGUGGCGGCAGCGGCCUCAGCAAGCCCAGCCGGAUGGGUCAAGUCAUUGGGAACUCGCUGCGCAAGUUGGUCAGCAAGAUACGUUCGGCGAGCGCAGAGCGCAAGUUCCGCAUGAAGUCCGCAUCCAGCAAGUCCCGCGAGCAGUCGCCCAGUCAGGCUCAUGGCGGAGUCGGUGGCGCUGGCGCUGGUGCCCCGGGGGUGACCACCUAUCAGCAGUACAAUGUAAUCGAUGGCCACAUUGGCAGCGGACAUCGUCACAGCAGCAACGAUUCGGAGGAUUCGGCCAGCGACAAUCAGCACCGACGAGACAGGGAAAGGGAGCGAGAGAGAGAGCGCGAGCGAGAAAGAGAUCGCGAGCGGGAACGAGAGCGAGAGCGAGAGCGAGAGCCACUCAAGCCGGAGACACAAUCCACGCUAGCCAUAUCCCACACACAGCCGGGGAGACAGAACUUCAAGCGUGCCGAGUCCGCAGAUCCACAGCUGCAGCAUCUGGAGCAGACAAUCAGUCCACGGCAGCGUUACUACCUGGGCGAGGAUCCCUACUCCAGCACUCUGUAUGGCAAGGAGAAUAUCUACGAGCGUCGACCGCGCCAGCGCUACGACCAGCGAGAGCGAGAGCGGGAGCGUGAGCGAGAGGAUGACUACUACGAGUCGCGGGCACCGCCGCCGGUCACCUCGUCACAUACUUUGGGACGCUACCAGAAGCAUGGACAACGCUUCAGCGGCUCCACGCCGAAUCUCCAUCAGCAGCAGCAGGACUAUCGCUCGUCACAGACGUUGCCACGCAAGCUGCACGAGCAGCGCACGCAGCGCUAUGGCCCGGAGAAGCCAAUGCCGCCUCAUGGCAGGUCUACGUCUACCUAUGUGACGGCCAGCACAACACCGAGCUCACUGCAGCAGCAGCAGCAACGUGGAGUUAGCCAGGUGCAGCAGGCGAUGCCGCAGGGUCCGGCAAAGCCUGCACGCACCUAUGCCAAGGUCUUGAAUCGUAGCAAAAGCUUCAAUGUGCACGGCAUGAAUGGCAGCAAUGAUCCUAGUCCCAUUUACAUUGAGAAGCUGACCAGGAACAACUACAGCGGUGGCGGCGGCGGCGGCGGAGGAGCUGGCUACAGCAAUGGCUAUCAGCUGCGGCAGGAUCAGGGGCUGGGACAGAGCCAAAACUACAAGUCCAAUCCGCAUUUGUUCGCUGGCAAGGACAACUCAUUGAAGAGCGGUCUCAAGAGUCCAUCGAUUGUCAAUCUGAUCAGCCGCAGUCAGAAGGAUCUGACCAAGAUAGCCACGGGCAACGAGGACGACCCGGAUCUGCCAUAUCAGGAGGAUAAGAAGCAAAUGUACUUGCGUGGCCUGCACCAGCAGGCGCCAGAUCUCUAUCGGGUCAUCCACGGCGAUGAGGACUACAGUCCACGCAUCGCCACCGCCACCGCCAAUGGCCAAAAGUAUCCGUUGCAGCCGAAGUACUCGCUGGACUCGCGCUCCCCACCGUCCGUCGAGCUCAACAAGGAUACGGCGAGCAUUGUGCGGCGCAGCAGCGAGCUGGAUGCCAAGCAUCAGCAUCAGCAUCAGCACCAGCACCAGCACCAGCAACAUGUCCACACACAUCACCAGCAUCUGCGACGGGGCUCUGGGGCCACCAUCAUAGAGCUGCGUAAUGCUGCCGGCCAUCGAAAAUGAUUUGCCAUCGCCUACCAUCGCUCUCUCUCUCUCUCUCUCUCUUCUGUCUCUCGUCAAAGACUUGAACCAAGGUGAAUUUAUUCAGGUGACGUUAUCCGCUGUGCUCAAGAAGACAAGCGCUAGAAAGGGAUGCAGCUAGGUGGUCCACCUUGCCAGUAAUUUCACCAUGGUGAGGAGCAAUAGCUUAUUCCCCACGCUCUCUCGGCUCUCAGAGAGCCAAUGCCAAUGCAUGUCGAGGCCCGACGUCACUGACUUGCACUACGCAGCCAUGUCUCUGUGUCUCUGUGUCUCUCUCUGCCUAACUAUUUUGCUGUCUCGCUCGCUAACAAAUGCCCCGGCCUUGGCUUUAGUUUCAUUUGACAAGCAGCAAAUCAAAAUAAAAGGCCAACAACCUAAUUCAAAUAAUUGAUGGUCACAGAAUCUGGACUACAGUCCACACAUCGCCACCAUUCCUGCUGUCCUGCCACACCACGCCUCUUCCAAUCGUAAUCUACACUAUAUAUAAUAUGUUGAUUAUAAUAGUAAUGCCUUAAGCUUAAAUGCAAUAUCUAUAAUAAUUCGAUCCUUCUUUUUUUUUGUUUUUUUUUAUACUAAUCUUAACGUUUUUGUUGUAUAGAUACCGUUGUAUGGAUAAACUAACUAAAAUAACUAAUAUUAAUUCGAUAUUAUUGU